CAAGUGUCUCUCGGUCACCUUUGCUUCCAUUAUCAUCAAGCAAGCAGAGACAAGGUAGACCAGAGUAUACAGGCGGACGAUAGUGCGGUGUAUAGACUGCGGAACUCCCUACCGUCCCGACGGUGUUCCUUGGUAAGAUGGCCGCGUCCUCAUCCUCGUCCAUCUUCUCGCGCUACUUUCCUAAGGCCCACUCCACCUACACUCGCUACUCAUCCUCACCUGUGGGCCGAGGGGUAGCAUGGUCUUGGAAGAAGCGGCGCCCCAUCCUCAUCGGUGUGUCCCUCACUUACUUCGGCGCAAGCUACCUGGUAGUCAGACAAGAGGCAGCCAGGCGCGACACCAUUCACCCCAAUACCUAUCUGGUAUGGAAGUUCUACCCCGGCAGCAUCGUCGAAGUCAGGGGCCCGCCCUCUCUCUCUUAUCUUCUCGGCUCUUCCACUGCUGGCGAAGAGCCGCCGAAGAUCAUGGAGCUGCACGAGGCUGUCCGGGCCCUCAAGUUGGCUGCAAAUGAUCAGAGGGUGAGGGGACUGUUGGGUGAUUUCAGUACUCUCAAUUGGCCAAGCAACGUUCAGAGCGAGGGCUUGGGCCUGGCUCAGAUAGAGGAGCUGAUGCAAGCGAUUUACGAGUUUAAGGUCGCAAAAGACCUGCAAUUCCCAUCCUCUGCACAGCUCGCGAUCACAGUAGAGGGCCAGCCGUCCCCAGCAUCGGUGUCGGGACCCACCGGGGAAGCCUCCUCCGAGCCUUCAACCUCUCGAGACCUUACCACAUCGGGCGAGAGCUCCACCGACCCUCAAGAAUCUCCUGCUCCCCAUCUCCCAUCCACAAUAGCAUUCUGCGACACCUUCACAUCGCAGUCCUCCUAUCUUCUCGCUUCCGCAUUCGACAAGGUCUACCUCCAGCCUUCAGGGAGCAUACCGCUCACUGGCAUCUCGGCCCAGAUUCCUUUCUUUUCGCGGCUUAUCUCCAAGCUUGGGAUCAAGGUGCAUACCGAAGCUCGGAGGGAAUACAAGAGCAUGAUCAGUCAGUUCAAGGAAAAGGAUGGUCUGCCACCACUCCAGGCUCAGAAUGAGGCGCAGCUGCUGGGAGAGUUAAACAGAAGCGUUGCAUAUGCAAUCGGGUCAAACCGCUUUCGAGGUACCGAUGGAGACGACGCUGCUGACAAAGUGGUGGAAUUGAUGGGUAAAGGCCCGUAUUCGGCAAAGGAGGCAUUGGAACUGGGGCUGGUGGAUGGGCUCAAGUACAAAGGCGAGGUAGUCAAGCUGCUCACAGGCCAAGAUGCAGGCGGUGACAUUGGCGAGGCGAAGAAGAAGAGCGAGGCAGACGUUGACGAUCCAGCGUCGCUCAAGUUCAAGACGCUGCCUCACUAUGCUCGUGUGACAGAUCGUCUGCUCUUGUCCAAGCUCAAAGACGAGGAAGUCAUCCCGGUAGCAGUAUGCUACCUGCGCGGCUCAAUUUCGGCCGCGCCAGGAGACUUCUCUGCUUCCACGGUCGUCAAAGGUCUCAAGGAGGCAGCAGAAGAUGACGACGUCAAAGCUAUCGUUUUGCGCAUCGACUCGGGUGGUGGAGACGUCGUGGCAUCAGAUUCGAUCUGGCAUGCCGUCCGGAGAGCGAAGGAAUCGUCGGGAAAGCCAAUCAUCGUCAGCUUCGGCAACGUCGCGGCUAGUGGAGGCUACUAUGCUGCUACAGCUGCUGACGCCAUCUACGCAUCGGAGACUACUGUCACUGGUUCUAUCGGAGUGGCUUCUCUGCGUCCGACGAUUACUCGAAAGCUCUUUGAUUGGGCUGGCGUUGGGUUGCAGACCUUUUUCACUGGGUCCAAGGCGCAAUCCGUCCUGCACGACAUGGACGAGGACCAAUUGAAGAGGCAAACUCAGCACAUCGACGAGACCUAUGAGGACUUCCUCUCCAAGGUCGUACAGGGGAGGAAAAUCGAGAGGGACGUCAUCGAAGACAUCGCUGGCGGUAGAGUCUUCACUGGCCUCGUUGCGUGGACCAAAACAAAUCCCGACGCCCUCGAAGCGGCUGAAAAGGAGAGGGAACUGCAUCGGGCAGGCGGUGGAAAGAGUGAAGCAGCCGCUUCGCUGAUCCAACAGGUAGAGGAAGCUUUGGGUUUGUCGAGUCCCCAAUCGACCGGACCGCCAGCUGCCUCGGUAGAGGGAGACACGCAGAAAGGCAGCGCCUCGUCGCCACCAACGAAAUUCAAGCCGUCUGAUGGGCUAGCCGAGUGGGAUCUUCAGGACGUGACAAAGGAAGGAGAGCUCGACACCAGACUCGUCAUCAUGAAGGCCAAGAAGGAGAUGCGAGCAGAAGAUCAGGAAGGAGUAGGCAAGCAAGUCAUGCAAGGUGCAGAAGUUGUGACAAGCAGAGUACAAGACGCUGUGCAAGGCCGCAAGGACGAGACACAACCAGCGUCUUCGAUGGCUGCCGUAGACCUUGCCGAAGCCGCUCACCGCGAGGCCCUCGUAGCAAAUGGUACAAAGAGCGAGAAGGAGGAGCAAGAUCUGGCCGCUCGACACGCUCAAGAGUCGGAGAAGACAUCGAGCCCAUAUGGUGCGGGCCUAGUAGACGCCAUUGGUGGUCUUUCGGAUGCCGCUGCGCUCGGCAUGACGCUCGCGAUCCAGGCGGAGAUCAAUGCGCUCAUGGCCGAACAAGGUCUGGCUCGCGAUGCGGCAAUGAUGGCCAUCCGGCCCGGCUGCCAUCGCGAGGUCGAUCCUGAAAGCGGCAUCGUCUCCCUCUCGACUGACAUGAGGCUGAUCAGAUACCCGCGCGAGCGAUCCUUCAGGGAGAGAUUACGCGAGAUGAACGCAAAGGGCGAUCAGCCUUCUCUGAGUCUGGGAGGUGUAUGGGGUACAAUACAGAGUGAGAUCGGAGGCAUGAUGGCCAAGAGCUUCCUGAGCUACCUGGGAGAGAACCCUGGAGCAUUCUUGCGAGAGGUCGCAAUGAGGGUGGAGAUGAGUGCAAGGAGAGAGGAAGAGGAGAUGAGGAGGGUCAAGAUGGAAUAUGGUGGGGUCGGAGGACAUGCGAGGCUGUGAAGAUGGAGGAGGAUGGAAAGCGAUGGCGAUGCAAUAUGCUUCACUUUCCUUCACUCAAUUAUCGCGCACAACAAUCAUAAUGGCAUACCGGCAUUGAGCACUACCGUC